CGGGUCUUGAGUCUUGACCUUACUCCUUCACCCGCGCCAUGACCUUCGGUCGGCGACUCAUCCACGACGCCCGUCUAUUGCUCUCGCUCCGCGGUUCCGCUCCAGACAGUCACACGCCGUCAGGAAGACGGCCUCACCUCACGCACUCCAUUAGUUCGCCUCUUAGUUUCUCAGUCCGUCAGAGCCAGACGACCUCACCCCCGCAGUCUUUGGUAGUUUAGCUGUUGGCGAAAUUUGGCUGUAGAACAUGGCAAAACAGACGAAUGAGAAAUCACGUCGAGAAAGGCGAAAAGAGGCCCGCUUGGCAAAGAAGGCAGAUAAACAUGAAUCUUGGCUCCAUCACCAGAAAUCUCAAGCAAUGAAAAGAGGUAACCAGACUUCAAAGGCAAACACUACACGCAAGUCAAAUCAUUUGCUCAGUUGUAGUUUAAAGGAAACAAAAGUUAAUGAUUCGGAUUCCAACUUUGGGAGACAUAGAACAUCUGAGGAUUGUGCAGUGUCAAAGGAAAUUACAAAUGAGUCAAAAUCAACGAGUUGGCAUGGUUCUGUUGCAAUAAUAAUGAAGAAAGGGAAUAAAAGUUUGAAGGCCAGGAGGAAGAAGUUCAGAGAAUCCUAUGAAAUGGGUGUGACAGAUGUUUCCAUGGCUUCCAAGAAGGAUCAAGAUUUGGAAAGGAAACUUGCCAAAAAGCUCAAGGUGAAAGAUGGAAAAUUAAGGGGUAUGGAUGAUGGUCUCAAUAUAUUACUUGAUGGAAUGUCAUCUAAUGUUGAUUUCAUUGGAGAAGGGGAAGUCCCUGGUGCUGAAAUGCCCUCAAAAAAAUGGAAGAAGAGAUCUUCAAAAAAUAGAGCUAACGAUGGCAUAUUGUCAGAGGAAGGGCCACAAGCAGGGUCAAUCACUGAAAUUUCAGGGGCUGUAGAUACUUCUAACCAAGAUGUUGGAUUGACAGAAUUUCCUGUUGGUGCACCCUCAAGUAAGAAACAUAAGAAAGGAAAAUUGUUAAAACAACAGCAAGAAGGUAGUGAUGUGAAUGCUACUGCCAAGUGUGUAUCCAAGCCUGCCAAUUCUGGUGAAAAAGAAGCGGCAAUGAUGUGGGUUCCUUCUCUGGUGCCAGGAAAAAAAACUAAUGAAAAAUACAUAGCACCUCACUUGAGAGCAUGUGUUGGAAAUGAACCUGAAGAGCAUACUCAGAUUCGAAGGCGAAUACGAGGUCUUCUUAACAGGCUUUCUGAAUCUAAUGUGGAAUCAGUCACAGGAGAAAUUUCCAUGAUUUUUCAGACAAUUGCUCGAAGUGCUGCUUCACAGAUAAUCAGUGAGGAGAUUUUGGCAUCUUGUUCUGGAGGUCCUCGUGGCAAUGAACAGUAUGCUGCUGUUUUUGCGGCCUUUGUUGCUGGGAUGGCCUGCCUGGUUGGUGUUGAUUUCAGCGCAAAAUUUAUGGCCUCCUUUGCCAAAUGCUUUGAGGAUGAAUACGAUAAGGAAGACAAUCUCUCACUGCGAAAUCUCACUCUUCUCCUAUGCUAUUUGUGCAUAUUUGGGGUCUGCUCAAGUGAUUUAGUAUAUGACUUCCUUAUCAUGCUGAGUAAGCAGUUAACAGAGGUCGAUGUUUCUACCAUUUUGACAGUGUUGCAAUGCUGUGGGAUGAAAAUUAGAGCUGAUGAUCCUGCUGCCAUGAAAGAUUUUAUUGUGAGCGUUCAGAAAAGGACAAACGAGUUGAAGGCUUCUGGUGGUGGCGGCCAGGAAAAGAUAUAUAGUAAAAGAAUGGAAUUUAUGCUUGAAACUAUCUGCGACAUCAAGAACAACAAGAAAAGGCCGAAAGAGGACCCUGCCCAUCACACACGGAUUAAGAAGUGGCUACAGAAGCUAAAAGUGGAUGAUAUUUUGAUUAGAGGAGUUAAAUGGAAUAAGCUGCUUGAACCUGACAAGAAAGGCCAGUGGUGGUUGUCUGGGGAUGCAGCUUCUGCGACAGAUAAUGUUGUGGAAGUUGCCAACAGUAUAGACAAAGAUGUUCUUGAAACGCAACGAAUGUUGCAGCUCGCUGCUGCUCAAAGGAUGAACACAGAUGCUAGAAGAGCAAUCUUUUGUAUAAUAAUGAGUGGGGAGGACUAUAUUGAUGCAUUUGAGAAGCUUCUAAGACUGGAUUUACCUGGCAAGCAGGACCGAGAGAUUAUGCGAGUUCUUUUGGAGUGCUGCUUACAGGAGAAGGUCUUUAACAAGUAUUAUACUGUUUUGGCUUCCAAGUUGUGUGAGCAUGAUAAAAAUCACAAGUUCACUCUACAGUUUUGCCUUUGGGACCACUUUAAGGAGCUCGAGUCAAUGCAGCUGAUGAGGUCAAUGCACCUGGCAAAAUUUGUGGCAGAAAUGGUUGCAUCUUUCACGCUCUCCCUCGCGAUUUUGAAGACUAUUGAGCUAGGUGACAUCACCCAGUUAACUCCAAAAAAGAUCAUGCAUUUCCGCAUGUUAUUUGAGUCCAUUUUUGAGUAUGCGGAUAGCCAAGUGUGGAACAUGUUCACCCGCGUUGCAGUGACCCCUGAGCUUGAGAGUCUAAGACAAGGUAUUGAGUUCUUUGUUAAGGAGUACAUUUUGAAAGCCAAUAAAGCUCUUUCUCCAAAAUUUAAGUUGGCUAAAAAGGCCCUUCGUAAUUUAGAAGGAGUUCUGAUGUGAUUUUGUAUUUUUGAUCACAUCAAAAUUUUGUAGCUCUAAUCAUGGAGAUAUAUUAUUAUGCUUGAUUAUGACGACACUGCUCGGAGAAGGGGCAAAUUUAUUUGCAA